GAGGCGGUUCCGGAAGGAAGUGGUUCCGGGUCCCACGGCCCGGCAGAGGCGGCUGGGUUGCCGCUGCUGUGGGAGGCGGCGGCAGAGUGAGGGGCGAGGCCCGAGGGGCUGGCGGCGGCGGCGGCGGCGGUGACGGCGGAGGGGACUUCCCGGCCGGUGUAAAAAGUGGAUAGUGGCUCACGUGUCAAAGGAUGGUGCGGUCACGAUCUAGAUCCCCCAGGUGGAAACACAGGUCUUUAUCACCAGUACCUAGAAAUGCUGAACACUACAAGCAAAGAUAUUCUCACGGGCAUUAUGGCUGUGAAUAUAGGAAGGAUCCAAAAAGACCCAUCGCUUGGAGAAUGGACAGUGAGAAACAUGGACAGAGUAAACCAAGGAUUCCCUCUCGUGGAAAUAUAUAUUACCAGUCUUAUGAACAUAGAUCACCUUCCCCUAACAUAAGAAACUCUUUAGAAAAUGUUUAUAUGUAUAAGCCUCACCGAGGAUAUUCACCUGGAAGAGGAGACAGUAACAGGAGAUCUCAGUAUAUGCCCAAAUACUCAGAGGGUAUACCCUACAAAGAGCAUGAGAGGAAUUCUUAUCCCCAGAAAGUGCAAGGAGGGUAUAGUCCUGAUGACCACAGAAUUAGAGGAAGUGGAAAAGGAGGGAAACCACCUCAGAGGUCAAUAGCAGAUUCUUUUAGAUUUGAAGGAAAGUGGCAUGAAGAUGAGUUGAGGCACCAGAGGAUACAAGAAGAAAAGUACUCCCAGUCAACUAGAAGAGGCUCUGAAGACUUUGAGACGAGGAGCUCGUUUCAGAAGAGGUAUCCUGAGGAUCGUGAUUUCAGAAAAUAUGGACACACAUCAAAAAGACCUAAAGACGUGGAGAGGUAUGAAAGCAGAGAGCCUGCCAGGACCCCAAAGUGGAAGCCCGAGCAUUCCCUCCCACCUUACCAAGAGGAGACAGACCAGUGGAACCUUGCACCCCAAAUUUACCGACAUGCUGAGAGGGAACACCCAGAGACCAGUUCAGCAACCAAAGUAUCCUAUGACUAUCGUCACAAACGUCCUAAGCUCUCAGAUGGGGACCAGGACUUUUCUGAUGGGAGAACUCAGAAGUACUGUAAGGAAGAAGAUAGAAAAUACAGUUUUCAAAAAGGCCCUAUAAAUAGAGAGUUAGAUUGUUUUAAUACGGGAAGAGGGAGAGAGACUCAAGACGGACAAGGCAAAGAACCUUUUAAACCAUGUAAGAAAGACAGCAUUGCCUGUACUUAUUCAAGUAAAAAUGAUGUUGAUUUGAGGUCUAAUAAUGACAAACGGAAGGAAAAAAUAAAGAAAGAAGGGGAUUGCAGAAAAGAGAGUAAUUGUUCCAGUAACCAACUUGAUAAAAGUCAAAAACUUUCUGAUGUGAAACCCUCGCCUAUCAAUCCUAGGAAGAAAUCACUUACAGUUAAAGUAGGUGUGAAGAAAACAGUAGAUACAUCCAGGGUUGCUUCUAGCUAUUCCACAGAGAGACAGAUGUCACAUGAUUUGGUUGCUGUUGGCAGGAAAAGUGAGAACUUUCAUCCAGUGUUUGAACAUCUUGACUCAACUCAGAAUACUGAAAACAAACCUACAGGAGAAUUUGCUCAGGAAAUCAUAACAAUAAUCCAUCAAGUUAAAGCAAAUUAUUUUCCAUCACCUGGCAUUACUUUACAUGAGCGUUUCUCAACAAUGCAAGAUAUACGCAAGGCAGAUAUAAAUGAAAUUACAUUGAAUUCAGAUCCAGAAAUUCACAGGAGGAUAGAUAUGUCUUUGGCUGAGCUUCAGAGUAAACAAGCUGUGAUAUAUGAAUCGGAACAGACUCUGGUCAAAAUAAUAGAUCCAAAUGACCUACGACAUGACAUUGAAAGAAGGCGAAAAGAACGGUUACAGAAUGAAGAUGAGCACAUUUUUCACAUAGCUAGUGCUGCAGAGAGGGAUGAUCAGAAUUCCAGUUUUUCAAAGGUAAAAAAUAUUCAUACUGAUGGAUUCCAAACACCCACACAUUUUAUAAAAUCAAAUUUUAGAAAAUUUAUUGAAAAACCUUACAUGAAUUAUCCUACGCAGAGAAAAGACAUAAUUACUCACAAACCAUUUGAGGUUGAGGGAAACCACCGAAACACAAGAGUAAGACCUUUUAAGAGCAACUUUAGAGGUGGCAGAUGCCAGCCCAAUUAUAAAUCAGGCCUGGUACAGAAGAGCUUGUACAUUCAGGCUAAGUAUCAGCGUUUACGGUUCACUGGCCCAAGGGGAUUUAUCACUCAUAAAUUCAGAGAAAGAUUAAUGAGGAAAAAAAAGGUAUAUACAGAUGUUGCCACAGAAAUCUAAUCUGAAAUCGUACAAAUGGAAAUGACACUACAGGAGGAUGUUUGGGAGCAUCUCUCUCUUUUUGUCAGGAGUUAGAAGUGACGCUAAGGCACUAAUACUGUAACUUCUUGAUAAAGUAACUUUAUUUUUUAGUAGUGGAAUGCUGCAACUUUUUUACACCUAACUAUUGCUUUUAAAUUACAGUAUUCAAUUUAAAAGUUGUAUUAACUACAGUUUGUUUUGCAAAAAGUCUCAAAAGAAUCACUUGAAGGGCAUUAUUUGUUGACGCAUUUUUCUCUGAGCAUGGUUUCAUAGAGAGAACUUCACCAAGUUAUAUUCAGACGUUUAUAUGUUGAAAGUUUUGCUUACGUAAUAAAAACAAGUAUCUGAAUUGUACAGUGUCUGAACAUGAAAGAACUUUAAACAGUGGCCUUAUGGUAGAAAAUUUUAUACUGGAUUUUUCUUUUUCUGAUGACAUUUUGGCUUAUAACUUGAAGUUUUCUUAAGUUUCUGAAGAUCAAGGCCUAUAUAAUUCAUACAUUUCAUAUUAUGAGAAGGCGAGAGAAAAGGUGCUUCAAAUAUUCCAUCAGGUAGUUGUGAGUGCACUGAAUUUUUAGUAAUAUGUUCAUUCAGUUUUUUCCACAACUAUUUGCUCUUUUCCAAUUUCAAAAUGCUAUUGUGGAAAAUAUGUAAAGAUUUUAUAAUCUAUAGUCCAUCUUAUUUUUCCCUCAGGGCAAGCUUGUGCAUAUCAUAUUUUUAAAGGCUUUUUAAAAUCUGACAGAUAAAAUCUCAUAUUUGAAAAUUGUACUUUACUACUACAGCAUUACACAUUUUGCAAGCACAUCUUAUAGAGUGUUUACUUUUAGUUUAGUUGAUAUGUAUUACGUACCUACUACAUGUAAGAGCAGUUUGAUGGGAUUUUAAAUGAAAUUUUUAGGUCCCAAUACCUUAUUUCUUUGUUUUCUGUAUUCUGCUUAACAGUACAUAUACAUUCCCAAUUAAAUUUUUGUGAAAUGUUUAUUUGUAAUAAAAUAAAAUGUUGUUGCUCUUUCUGCUUAAAGAAGUUACUUGCCAGUUUGUGAGAGCAUUAUUUUAAUUUUGCCUUGGAUAGCACCUGCUGAUGUUUAAAACACUAUUCUGUGCUUACAAAGAUAGAGCUUUCAAAAUUAAAAUAUGAAGGUUGAUAAGAACUUGGUUUUUCAUGACUGGAUGAUGAAAAAUCUUAAUACAUUCAGUUUUCUUUUCCAUAUCUUUAAAAGAGGGGCAGCCUUUUCCUUAAGCGAGUUCAUGAUAAAGGGGGCAAGUGCACUUGAUUCAUUGCUAAGCAGGCAAUAAAUUUAGGGAAAUGGUUUGUCUUGUACUGUGUACACUCUCUAUAGGUCAGGUUUUCCAAACAUAUUGAGCAUUCCACUUAUGGUAAGAAAGAAAUGCAUGCACACAGGUAGUAUGGCAACUUUAUAUUGUGUUAGGUACUUAUAAAAUCUGUCUUAAAUUUUAAAAUAACUGACUUCAUUUACUCCCAUGUUCUAGGGGACAGUUAUGAGCCUUGAAUAUUUAAUCAUUUGAUUGACAACUAUGUACUGUACAGAUACUGUACUAAAAUUACAGCAAUGAACCACAAGAUAAGACACAUGGACCCUGCCUUUAUGGUAUGAAGAGCCUAAUAGGGAAAAUGGACAUUAAAUAGAAAUGUAACUGGGUAAAUGGCCUUUAUUGUUGGAUUUUUAUUUAUUGUAACACAUAAAGGUAAGAUGGCUGACUUACUAUUAUUCAUUCCACAACUGAUUCCCUAUUUGGAUAUUCUUUUGGCACUGUCUCAAAAUGCAAAGCAUGUUAUCUGCAAAAUACCUAUGCAGAAAACAUUGUGUGUGUAAGAUCUAACAUCUAAAAAGAAAAACUUACUUGAUAAUUUAGAGUAUAAAAUAAGGACAGAGACCAUGUCUGUCUUGUCCACCAUGGUAUCCCCAGCGCCCAGCUUCCUAUUUGACAUGUGGUAAGAGUUCAUUAAAUAUUAGUUGAAUAAUGAAUGAAUGAGUAGGGAAGAAUAGAAUAUGUUUAUUAGGAACUACAUAUGUAAUUUUCAUAUGGAGAUUGAGCAAAAGGUUAUCCAUAGCAUUUUUUUAUUAACUGGAAAGAAUUUGAGUUCUUGAAUGCAUAAGACUUGAGAAGUGUUGUUUUUUUUUUAUGAGUCCCAUACCAUUGCCCCCUUCCUCCCCUGCAUGCUAGGCCCUUCGCUGAUACUGGGAAGACAAAGAUAAUAAGACAGUCCCUGCUGUAAGGAAGCUCAUGCACUAUUGAAGAAGAGAUUCACAAAAAAAAGAAUCACAAUGUAGAGUAAGUACUUUAGUGGACAUAUAUACAGAAGGUUGAGAGAAAAGUUGCCAUCUCUGGUUAAGCAUCCCCUCAUCUUGUUUCUUUCCUAUUGGUUUCACCAACCUCAGAAGGCACUGUUCUUUUGGUGGUUUUAAAAUUGAUGCAUUGGGGGAAACUGGGUAAAUUGUACACAGAUCUCUGUAUUAUUUCUCUCAUAGCUGCAUAUGAAUCUAGAGUUAUUUCAAUAUAAAUUUCAAUUUGAAGAAUUGCCCAUAGUCUUAUCACAGAGAAAACUAUUAUAAAUAUUUUGGAUGAUAUAUUUUCAUUUUUUUUCUAUGGGAAAAAACCUCACUGCAUUUACAUAUAACAAUUUAUGUAGAUGUAUACUAUUUACCACAUUUUACCUAAUAAAUACUACAUUUUUGAA